UUUCCCACGUCAUAAGAAGUUUCUCCAGCUGAAAUAUUUCCGAGAGAAUUCACGGUACGAAAUAAGAGGUUGUGUCUUAUCAUGUCCUCCAGCAAGUCUUCUAACGGGGUCCCUAAAUGGGAAAGGUGGGCUCGAGUCAUGCUUUGUGCUUUAGGGUUAAUACUGUCGGUUUAUGCGCUUCAUGUGGAACUGUCUAAGGAGAACGACCCGAAUUACCGGGCAAUGUGCGACCUCGCGGAAUCCGUCAGCUGCUCCAAGGUUUUCACCUCCAGGUGGGGACGUGGAUUCGGACUCGUCCAGUUGUUUGCGGAAAAGGACAGCCUCCUGAACCAACCAAACAGCAUAUUGGGAAUCUUGUUUUACACUCUGCAGCUGGGCCUUGGCCAAAUGGUGUCUGUUACAGCAGCACAUUUCUUGGUCAUGGCAUCCUGGUUGUCGGUGGCUGGUUCGCUCUAUCUAGCUGCUAUUCUAGUGCUGGUGCUGGGGGAUUUCUGCAUGGUGUGUGUGUCAACGUACAUCAUCAACUUCGCUCUCAUGUACAUCAACCUGAAGAGAAGGACAGGUCUUAGUGGAAAGCAGAAGAAGAAGACGAGAUGAGAUCUCUUCAAGUGUGUGUGUGUGUGUGGGAGUGAUGUUUCAAUUGCAGGUGUCUUAUGAUGAAUCCAAAUAAAAUGCAUAAGAGUUGUUUGUAUUAAUAUAAAUGGUUCUCUCUGCCGAAGCAACGCCAACAUACAAGAAUGCAGGUUUAUUUGCUUGUAGAUCAGACUGUUACAGAACACGAAAGCUUGCCUGUGAUACGUCAGAGACCUUCACUUUAAAUAAACGUGCAUUCAAAAGCUAA